AUGGACGCCUACCCCGAAGACUAUGUGGUCCACAACCUUCCUUUCAUCCUCCUCUCCGGGCUAGAAGCCGACCCUCCAGAUAAAGCUGGAUCGAGCGGUCCCGAGUACCCUCUCCUCGACGAGAAGGGACCGAAAAUAUACUCGGACUUUCCACCUCUAAGCGGACCGACCGCGGAGGAAUUGCGGAGGAACCUUCUGAAGGAGGAUGCGUCAGAAGUGCCAUGGGACAACAGGGAACCUACAAGUACGAGGUAUUCAGGGAUUGGGUACAAAAUCAAGAGUACAGGGAGGUCAUACAGACUUCCCCCGCGGAAAGCUGAUCCCCCGCCGGUGUCUCCUCCGACAAGUCCAACAGGCGAACAACAAAAUGAUAUACAUACAGCGCCGUCGUUCGUCCUGCACUCACCUAUUUCCCCAUUGACACCAAGUUCUCCUACAUUUCCUGAUGGUCUACUCACUCCUUUGUGGGUGACGAAGCACCAAAACCUCGUCCCCGCGGCGGUCAUCAACUUCUUCCCCUUCUGCCUGGAUCCCAACAUGAGUUCCCUCCGCGACAAUCAACUCAAGAUCGAGAUUAAUGGACUGAAGAAAGAAUGGUCUGACUCUGGUUACAAAACUCGCUUCGUUGUCGUCCUCCUGUCUGAGGAAAGCACUCUUGGCUAUAACAAGGAGGAGACGGAGGAGCGAAUCACGAGCAUACGAAGAGCGACGAGUCUGGACCAGAAAUCCGUUCUUCUUCUCCCACCUGAUACAACCUCUGCGGAAUUGAUUGAGUUCACAAGGUCUUUAUUGAACAUGCUACAGCCGUUGGUGGUAGAAUAUUAUCGGGACCUAUCUAAACACGCAAGACGGAAACGUAACCGCGGCGCAGUCCCUCCUCCCACGGCACCACCCACAAGCGGAACAUCACAGACACUGUCGCUCCAGGGAUGGAAUGUUCGCUAUGAGUUUAAACUUGGUAUCUUCGCCGAGUUUCGCCAAGAGAUCGAUGCCGCACUAAGGAAUUACGAGAGUGCUUAUGAGACUCUGUUUGGGCAGGAUGUCUUUGAGAAUAUUGCCGGUUGGAAUCCAAGGUUUAAUGAUGCUCGUCUCUUGUCUGAUGCUCUGGCAAUUCGCAUAAUUCGUUGCUUAUUGUGGACCGGACAAACCCGCACCGCGGUACGUUCAUGGGUCAACCAUCGUACUCGCUGCCGUGAUAUUAUCAAUCGGCGAGGUAAAGGAACCAGGAACUACGGGUGGGAAGCUUGGGAGGCUCGAUGGUCGAUGGUAAUGGCCCAGCUCAUACGCCAGGCCAACAUCCCUGGCAUUUCUGAUAACACGUCGUCCCAUCAGGGAGACGACGAUCAGUAUUUGAUCUUCGUCCCCCCUGAAAAGGCAACACAUGUUGGCGAUGCCUUGUGCCCCUGGGAGCUCCUUCACCAUGAGGGUUAUUGGUUGUACCGAUCCGCGAAACACGCGAUGACUCGACGCACUCUAGCCGAGCAGAUUCCAGAUGAAGAUCGCAUACCACCAGGGCAAUUACCUGCUUCUCAGAUCGCGAACAAGACAUAUAUGUACGACACCUAUCUUGCCCCAGAGCCAUAUAUCGAAGCACCGCAGCCAGGCUCAACCGGCUUUGAUCAUUCACAACAAAUUCUGAACGCCCUGAGGGCAGCAUUGGAGCAAUUUGCAAAACGUAAGCAAUUUCGGAAGACGGAGAGCCUCAGCUUAGAAAUAGCGGAAGAAUACAUGCGUGUUGGCUCAUGGACUGAAGCUUAUGAGACCCUCCGUCCACUAUGGCCGACGCUCACUUGGCGACAGGCUGGCUGGUGGCCGCUCAUGGAGAAGUUCGGUUGGGCUUUGAGGGAAUGCGCUCUACAUAUGCAGGAUAGCGAGAUGAUUUUAAGAGUCGACUGGGAACUGAUGAACCAGGUGUUUCAACCACGAUCAGGUUGGCACUACAGUAUCCACCAGAGCCUUAGAGACCUUCCCAUCACAGAACUCAAGCCAUCUGUCGCACUGAAAGCCGAGGAUGUCAUAUCGAACCUCACAGCCACAUUUGUCUUCGAGAAGCCGGAAGGAAAUGUUGGCGAGCCUCUCAUGGGGCAGCUGACAAUUGCUUCUCUCGGUCAGAGAUCUUCGGACCCAAUACGACUGUCAGAGGUCAAGGUGGUUUUCGAGGGCUGCCUCCGUCCACUGAAGCUUCAAUCCGACCAGAACGUGACCGCCGACAUCACGACUCCUUGCACGAUAUCGUCUCUAACGCUACGUGAGCCCACAUCUGCGGACUCGACGACCCUGUUAUCACCGAGCAAUGGCUUAACAGCACUGGUAGGGAUGGGUGAUCUGACCAUGGGACCGGCUCAGAUCAAAGUGUUCAAUCUAACCUGUGUCCCCCGCGAAGCAGGAGAUUCAAGGGUGGCAUCAAUAACUUUACUUAUUGAAGAUGAGAGGUUUGACUUAGCCUGCGCUAUCACAGAUCUGGCCCAGCGUGACUCCUUUUGGUGGCAGCAGACCACCAACGGCGUAGCCCGAAAACGUGUGGGCAAAGACCGGGAUACCUGUCGGUCCAAGAUCAUGCCCAAACCGCCAAAAAUUCGAAUUUCAACACCGAACAUCAGAGCGACAUACUACACAAAUGAGCGAGCUGUUCUCAAAUUGGACAUCUACAACGAAGAAGACGAGGCUGCAGACGUGUCCGCAGAGGUAAGACUCUUCGGACACCCGGACUCAGCGGCGCAGAUUGUGUGGCUUGAUGAGGAGGGUGAGGCCAUAUCUCCUCGUUCACAGGAUAGUUCGCCUAUCGAGGGGGCACGUCAUGUCGCGAAACGGUCCAUUGGUGUCAUGGACAGGUCAUCCAGGCAGCAGUUGAUGCUUGUGCUGACAGACACCCUUGAACCGUCGACGCACGAGCUUCAAAUUACCUGUGUAUACAAUCUGCUAUCUGAUUAUCAGACCCCGAUCAUCGCGACACACAGACUCGCCUUAUCAAUCAUACGACCAUUUGAGGCAAACUAUGAUUUUCUUCCGCGCCUUCAUUCCGAACCUUGGCCUGAUUUCUUUACAAUUGAUGAUGACUUGGCUGAGGACGAAACCGCGCCUAAACCUCGAGGCUUGCGGCAACGAUGGUGCUUGAAUUCCAAGAUUGUCUCGUUUGCCCUCGAGCCGCUUGUCAUCGAAAAGAUUACGCUAGUGCUACUGAGCCUUGGAGGCGGAGCUGUCUGCAAUAUUGGAUCUGAAAUAGUCGCCGACCCACAUGCGCUGGAAAUACGUCCGGAGGAGCUUCGCGAGUCCAGCUUUUUACUAGAGGUUCAAAAGUUGGUCUUGGGAGACCGACGGCCGACAGCUCUGAAUCUGGCCCUAGAGAUUCAAUGGCGUCGAAUAGGCACCGACGCCGCUGCAUCAUCUGCGGAUAGCGCUACCGUCACCACGACUACUCUACCCAUUCCGCGCUUCGUGAUGCCCGUGGGAGAGCCCCGCGUACUUGCCUCGGCAUUGGCUUCAGAAGCUAUCCCCGGUCUGAUUCACCUGGACUACACGUUGGAGAAUCCUUCGAUGCACUUUCUCACUUUCAACCUCGCUAUGGAGGCGAGUGAGCAUUUUGCUUUCAGCGGACCGAAGACCGCGGUCGUUCAGCUUGUGCCGUUAAGCAGACACACAGUGCGAUAUAACCUCCUGGCUUCCAAGCGGGGGCUAUGGAUCCAACCUCAAUUGAAUGUCGUGGAUACGUAUUUCAACAAAGCCCUGCGGGUACAGCCAACUGAAGACAUGCGGUCGGAUAAGAAGGGAAUUUUGAUCUGGGUUGACGCUGACGACUAG